AAGGCAUUCUUGAUAUCAAGUUGAUGAAGGGGACACUUUCUAUGGGCGACAAUGGAUAGAAGAAUACAAAUAGAGGUGAGCUUAACUACCGAAGAAAAAUAUCGUGAUAAUCAAUACUAGACUUUUGAGUAAAACCUUUAGCAACAAGGCGACCUUUGUACUGAGCAAUGGUCCCAUCGGGAUCGUGUUUAAGGGCGUAGACCUACUUGCACCCCACUACAUGUCGGCCUUGAGGAAGACAAACAAGUUCCCGUGUUCCCUAUCUAUUAAGGGCGGUCAUCUCAUCAAGCAUUGUUGCCUUCCAUUGUGGAUCUUUUAAGGCCUCUGUUGUUGAAGGAACGAAAAUAGACAAAAUGACAGAAAGAAAUGCACAAAAUGAUGAUGAAAGUCAUAAGAAAUGUGAUUACCAAUCGGGACCGAAGGAAGAAUAGUGCGCGUAGCUUUCCGGUUGGCUCUUGGAAGAUCACUCGAUGAAGUGGAAACAUCAAGAUUUGCAACUGAUGAGUCAGAUGAGGCAAGACAAUGAGUCUCGGUAUCUACGUGCUCAAUGGUGUCCAUAGGUCCCAAAAUUGGAAGACGAAGAGACAUGGCAGAAACUUCGUACGUAAAUAGGGCGUAAACUUAAAAAAGUGAUGUCCUUUGAUAUUUAUUUAUAGUGAGUGAUCAGAUAAUAGCAUUUAUACCCCUUCUAAGAGUUGGAGAAUCUAAGAAAUAUGCAAAAGGUCGAAUGAGAUGUGAAUUUAUAUGAGGGUCCAGCCGCAUGGACAAAGCAUACACAUCCAAAUACCUUGGGAGGUAAGCUACAAAUGGGAGACUCUAGUUGUAAAAUUUGAAGGGGGUAACUAUUUCCUAGAUACUAAGAUGGCAGUGAGAAAGACAUCACCCCAAUAUAUUUUGGGAACAGACAUCCGAGUCAUAGCUCUAGUUACCUCUAGCAAAUGUCUAUUUUUUCGUUCAACGACUUUGUUUUGUUGGGGUGUGUAAAUACAAAAUGUCUAGUACUCAAUCCCCCAAUUAACAAAAAAAGUUUGGAAUUCCUUACCCAUGAAUUCUUUGGCAUUAUCUAAACCAAAAAAAUUUAAUGACUUUAUCAAACUAGUUCUAACAUAUUUAGCAAACAUUUGGACAAUGAUAGGUACUUUACAUUUACUUUGCAUCAAAUAUAACCAUGUGAAUUUUGAAAGAUCAUCUAUAAAAGAAAUAAAAUAUUUGUAACUAGAAACGGAGGUCACUGGGACAGGACCCCCAAACAUCAGAAUGAAUGAUGUUAAAUAUUGAUGCAAUACGAGUUUCACUAGGAGGAUAAGAAGUACAUAUAUGUUUAAACAAUGCACAAGUUUUACAAUGAAGAGUAUUAGUACGAAAAUUAUUUGGAAAAAGAUAACUAUGAGCACGAAUAAACAUAUGGCCUAGGCGAGAAUGCCAAAAUUAAAGUGAGUCCCUGAUGUUAAUUCUGGAUGUUGCACUACAUUGGAAGACGCUCAAUCAACAUCAAUAAGAGGUGUCGUGCUGGAUGGUGACGGGCGAAAGACAGGCAGCACGGAUUCGUGGUCUGUACCUAGAAACCAUAUUAAGGCAAGAUAUCGCGUUCUUUGACAUGGAAACAACAACUGGAGAAGUCAUUGGGAGAAUGUCUGGGGACACCAUCAUCAUUCAAGAUGCCUUGGGAGAGAAGGUGAGGAAGUUCAUACAACUUGUUUCAACUUUCGUUGGUGGCUUUCUGGUAGCAUUUAUAAAAGGAUGGCUUCUCGCACUCGUAAUGUUGUCGUGCAUACCUCCUAUGGUUGUAGCUGGUGCAGCCAUGUCAAUAUUCAUAUCGAAAGUGACGAGCCGUGGGCAGGUAGCAUAUACCGAAGCAGGAACUAUUGUAGAACAAACGAUUGGAUCCAUCAGAACGGUUGCAUCCUUUACUGGUGAGAAGCAAGCGAUCACGAAAUAUAACAGGUCUCUGGAAACUUCAUACCAGUCCACUGUCCGACAAGGGGUGGCCUCUGGAUUAGGAAUUGCCGCUGUUCUGUUUAUCAUAUUCAGUAGCUAUGGAUUAGCUGUGUGGUAUGGCUCCAAAUUGAUACUUCAGAAAGGGUACACCGGGGGCGAUGUCAUCAAUAUCAUGAUAGCAAUCAUGACUGGUGGAAUGUCUCUAGGCCAAGCUUCCCCAUCUGUGAAUGCAUUUGCAGCAGGGCGAGCAACAGCAUACAAGAUGUUUGAGACCAUCAAACGGAAACCAGAGAUCAACUCAUACGACACAAGUGGAAUUGUGUUGGAAGAUAUCAAUGGCGAUAUAGAACUGAGAGAUGUUUGUUUUAGCUACCCUGCAAGACCUGAAAUUCAGGUAUUUUCUGGGUUCUCGUUGCAUGUUCCAAGCGGCAUGACUGUGGCUCUAGUUGGAGAGAGCGGCAGUGGGAAGUCGACGGUGAUCAGCCUGUUGGAGAGGUUCUAUGACCCCCAAGCUGGUGAAGUGCUCAUAGAUGGCAUCAACUUGAAGAAGCUGCAGCUUGGAUGGAUAAGAGAGAAGAUCAGUCUUGUUAGCCAAGAGCCCAUCUUAUUCACAACUACUAUAAAGGAGAAUAUCGCAUAUGGUAAGGCGGGUGCUACAUUGGAGGAAAUCAGAACAGUAACUGAGAUUGCUAAUGCAGCAAGGUUCAUAGACAAGAUGCCACAGGGGCUGGACACGAUGGUUGGUGAGCAUGGAACCCAACUGUCUGGUGGACAGAAACAGAGGAUUGCGAUUGCGAGGGCGAUUUUAAAGGAACCCAAGAUACUGCUUCUUGAUGAGGCGACGAGUGCAUUAGAUACCGCGUCUGAGCGAAUAGUUCAAGAAGCAUUAGUGAGGAUUAUGGUAAACCGGACGACUGUGAUUGUUGCCCACCGUUUGAGCACAGUGAGGAAUGUAGAUACAAUAGCAGUGAUGCGUCAAGGAAAGAUUGUGGAGCAAGGUUCUCAUUCAGAAUUGAUCAAGGAUUCUGAUGGGGCUUACUCUCAGCUCAUACGCCUACAAGAGGAUAAUAAUCGAGCUGAACAAAUACCGGCCAUCGACCCAGAUGAGAUUGAAUCAAGCUUUGAUAAUGGUGAAAUAGUUGGUCAAUCUAGAAGCCAGAAGUCCCCUUUAAAGCAAAAGUCCCCUUUAAAGAUAUCGAUGAGCAAAGGUUCUUCACGUGGAAGCAGAACGCCCUCCCCAAUUUCCUUUGGUUUGCCUGAUAUAGUAAGCUUCUCGGAGGACAUCCAAGGAGGAGGAGAACAACAUGAUGAGACCAAUCAUAAAGCAUCAAUCAAACGUCUUGCCUACUUGAAUAAGCCUGAGCUGCCAGUACUGCUGUUAGGAUCCAUUGCUGCAGUUACAUAUGGAGUAGUCUUCCCUGUAUUUGGAACUUUGCUUUCCGUUGCCAUCAAAAUCUUCUACCUGCCCCCCCACGAACUUCAGAAGGAUUCCGUGUUUUGGGCCCUCAUGUUCGCAGCCCUGGGUAUUGUUUCCAUGGUCGCCUUACCGCUGCGGGAAUAUCUGUUUGGAGUUGCAGGUGGUAAGCUCAUCCGGCGCAUCCGAUCCUUAUCAUUCGAGAGGGUAGUCCACCAAGAAAUCAGCUGGUUCGACGAACCUAUGAAUUCGAGUGGGGCAAUUGGUGCAAGAUUGUUGGUCGAUGCUUCAGCUGUGCGAAGCCUUGUAGGGGAUGUCUUAGUGCUAGUAGUACAGAACAUAUCAACCAUCACAGCAGGGCUGGUAAUUGCCAUGGUAGCUAACUGGCGAUUGGCGCUUAUAAUUCUAGCUUUGCUUCCUUUAGUGGGUUUGCAAGGAUAUGCUCAGUUGAAGUUCGUGCAUGGUUUUAAUGCAGAUGCGAAGGUGAUGUAUGAAGAAGCCAGUCAGAUAGCGAACGAUGCUGUUAGUAGCAUUCGGACAGUUGCAUCUUUCUGUGCAGAGAAAAAGGUGAUGGAUCUUUACAAGAAGAAAUGUGAGGCCUCGAUGAAAAAUGGAGUCCGACAAGGAAACAUAAGUGGUCUUGGUUUCGGAUUCUCCAACUUUGUGCUCUUCUGCAGCUAUUCCCUCAGUUUCUAUGCCGGAGCUCGCUUUGUGGAAGAUGGGAAGGCCACAUUUCCCCAAGUUUUCAGAGUUUUCUUUGCUUUGACAAUGGCUGCUCUUGGAAUUUCAAAUACCAGUGCAGUGGCUCCAGAUACCGCUAAAGCUAAGUAUUCAAUUAGUUCUAUUUUUGCGAUUCUUGACCGGAAAUCGAAGAUCGACUCGAGCAACAAUGAGGGCAUGACAUUACCCAACAUAAAGGGCGACAUUGAGUUCGAGCAUGUCAACUUCACGUACCCAACUCGACCAGAUGUACAUAUAUUGAGAGACUUGUGUUUAAGCAUUCCCUCUGGAAAGACAGUUGCUAUUGUGGGAGAGAGUGGUUGUGGGAAAUCGACCAUAAUUGCCUUAUUAGAGAGAUUCUAUGAUCCUGAUUCUGGUCGGAUAUUGUUGGAUGGAGUGGAAAUUCAAAAGUUCAAGCUGCAAUGGCUGAGACAACAAAUGGGGUUGGUUAGCCAAGAACCGGUAUUGUUCAACGACACGAUCCAUGCCAAUAUAGCUUAUGGGAAGCAAGGGGAAGUAUCUGAAGAAGAGAUCAUUGCAGUUGCAGAAACAGCUAAUGCGCACCACUUCAUAUCUGCACUUCCCAAUGGAUACGACACUUGUGUAGGUGAGAAAGGCGUGCAAUUGUCAGGUGGCCAGAAGCAACGGAUAGCCAUUGCUAGGGCGAUACUGAAAGACCCAAAAAUCCUAUUACUUGAUGAGGCAACGAGUGCAUUGGAUGCAGAAUCGGAGCGUGUGGUUCAGGAAGCAUUGGAGAGGGUAAUGAUGAACAGGACGACCAUAGUCGUUGCUCAUCGUGUGUCCACAAUCAAGGGAGCUGAUGUGAUUGCGGUGGUGAAGAAUGGUGUGAUCGUGGAAAAAGGAAGACAUGAAACGCUGAUGAAGAUGAUCGAUGGAAUAUACGCAUCUUUAUCAACACUUCGAACAAGCUCUUUGACAUAGCAAAAGGGAAGAUGGUGGGA